AUGGCUACCACCACUGACCUCUCUUGGGUCACGGUCCUCUCUCGAGGCCUCUCCAAGAAGGUCAUCAAUGCUCCACAACAGCGAGCUAAAGAUGACCAUUUUAAACUAAUUCCUGAAGUUAUGUUCGAACACGAAGAUCUGAAGGCCGAGGUGCUCACUCGUAAAGCUACUGCCAUCCUGCAGCAAGCUUUGACACCGGGAUCGGUUUUGUUUACCUUUCCAAACAAACUUUUUGUGCAUCGUACAACAGCGUAUCGCCUCAUUCAGGAACAAAUAGCUGCUAAUGUCCAGUUUCGCCCCCUUAGUCUGUAUCACCAGAAGUCAACUGGAGAUCUCUUGGUGGAAGCUAAAUUUGACUCCCCUGAGGAUGCCAAACGAGCCAUCAACAACGGCAUCACUCAUGGCGAUGUGGUAUACAAAGCUACUGCUGUCAAGGACAACAGCGAGGGCAAACUCACCCAUGUGCAAAUGACUAUUGUCCGCAUGCCAAACAUGACCACUUUUCUGGAGGACUUGCAACGCUCGCUGAAAUACUAUGGUAAGCUAUACCAAAUCAAGAAGUACACUGUUGAUGGCUUCUUUGAGGGUCAUGUCAGCUUCCUGAUCGACACUUCGGUCAAGUACACUGACGCGGAAGGUCACUCCUACGACGUACAGCCUUUGAGUCGCAUGCUUUACCUUUCCGCCUGGGAUGUCUAUGUGCCAGCGACAUACAGAGGAGCACCACCAGUUUGCCAUUUCUGCCGUCAGAGUGGACACAUUCGCGCUGCUUGUCCUAUCCUAGCUAAACGCAAAUGCUUCAAAUGUCACAAGUUGGGACACACUGUUAAGUUCUGUCGAGAGGAAGAGAAGCCUUUUGACGAAGCAAUCGCCGAAUAUGAGUCGAGCCAAAGGGAUCACACUGAUUCCUACUCACAACUGCCAUCUCAGCCCACCACCACAGACAAGCUAGCCGGCAAAACGACCGAGCUCAAAAGUAGCCAGAUCAGUACCUUGUUUUCCGCAGAUGACAGCCAAACCUGGGACCAGUCUCCGGAUGUGAUGGAGGUAGAUCCCCAGACCCUCCAGCGUUCUCCCAACGGUAGCGAUGCUUCUAAACAUGCUCCGUUAGCUUCGUCCUUCCAUAUGCAUUUGGAUCCCAAGUUAUCUGCUGACAAUGUCUCCUCUCCCAAUGAUUUCCAGACUGAUGUGCCCUCUCUCCGCCGUCAUUCUAUGAGCUCGACGUCUAUGUCGCAGCCAACAGUGUAUCAGGACGCCCAUAGGGCAUAA